AUGUCUUUUCAUGCAACUUUCAAAUUAGGCAUGUUAAAUUCAAAAACUCUUCAAUGUACUUUUACCUUUAUUGUUACCGUCAAAUAUAAUUAUCUAAAAGGUCGUAUUACAAAUCUCAAUGGUUUAUCAGAACCUUCAUUGUCAAAUAAAAUUUACUUGUUAGAUACUAAAUUCCCUAAUAACUAUAUUUGGGUUGAUAAACUUGAACCAAAAAGUAUAUCUGCUUCAAAUACAACUACAACUGCUUCGGAUUCUAAAAAUACCGAUGGUAAAAAAAAUACUAUAGUUGCUGCAAUAGGCGGAAUUUUAGGUUAUCUUACACAUCAAAAUGGAUUAACAGAAAUUUCGAUUUACUUGUUAGAUAUUUAUAUCUCUAAUAACUUUAUUUGGGUUGAUAAAUUUGAACAUAAGCCUACACCUUCAAAUACAAUUUUACCAAAACCUACAAUGCCUCCGGCUUUUCCAAAAUUUAAUUUUGUAAUUGGUGCAUUGAGCGGAAUUGUGGGUACCGCAAUUUUAAUGAUGAUUGGGAUCCUUGGCUAUAAAUGGUAUCAAAAAAAGGAAACAAAAUGA